AUCUUUAAAACUGUAAGUCAGGAAUAAUCAAAUAAAACAACAGCUCUGAUUCCAAAGAACACAAAAAAUGGAACUUCUUAAGUCAAAAAUCAAAACAUUAAGUACGAAAACUAAAGCAGAAGAACUAACAUACUGUUGUGUAAAUUGUGGCUAUCCAGUAAAAGAACUUUAUCAUGUCUACAGUCCGACAGUUCAGAAACUUACAGACUGCAAGAAUUGUCGACAUCUAGCUGAUCCAUUCAUCGAAUAUGACAACUUAUACAUAAUUAUUAAUUUAAUUCUAUUGUCAACAAAUGUUCAGCGGCACAUCCUUUAUAAUUCAAGUUGUAAAAGUUUAUAUAAGAUUUUAAUGAUUAUUACAAUAGUUGAGAGUUAUUUCUUAUGGAAUGAGCUGUCACAAACUAAAAAGAAUCAUUAUGCUAUAAAUGAUUCCAUGAAGGAUCCGCUGUUUAUGGAAAAAGGAUUUUAUUUGUCAACUCUACAAAUUGUUCUGUCAAAUUUGUCAUUAUUCAUCAUUAUUCGUGUAAUAUCAAUGUGGACGGCUGGGAUUCUUUAUGCAAAUCGAAGCUUAACACUGGAUUUAUUUCAUGGAUAUAUGCUUGCAUCAGUUGCAAAGUUCUUUUUUCUGCCGAUCAUCAUUUGGAAUGAAAAUAUUUCUGAAGUCAACAGAGUUGUUCAUCUAUUUUUGGUCGUAUGUUAUUUCUUGAUAUCUUUGAUGUAUGUUCAUAGUAAUGUGUGUGGAACUAGCAAGAAGAUUAGUGCAGCAGUGAUACUUUUGGCAUUUAUUAUCAACAAAUAUAUUUGGUUCCAUUUGAAUUUUACUGGAAUCGCUUAAUUAAAUUACUGUAAAUUAGAAACUUGUUAAAUUAUGCCAAAUAAAUAAGAAUUCAAUAUAAUUAAACAUU